GCGGCGGCUUCAGUCCCCGGCUCCCGCCCGCGUCGGCCGCACGCACGCGCACUGUGCCCAGCAUGAGGGUCGCUGCUCUGAUCAGUGGUGGGAAGGACAGCUGUUACAAUAUGAUGCAGUGCAUUGAUGCUGGGCAUCAGAUUGUUGCUCUAGCAAAUCUAAGGCCAGCAGAAAAUCAAGUUGGGUCAGAUGAACUGGAUAGCUACAUGUUCCAGACAGUGGGUCAUCAUGCCAUUGACUUGUAUGCAGAAGCUAUGGCUCUUCCCCUCUAUCGCCGAACUAUACAAGGAAGAAGUGUGGAUACUGGACAAGUGUACACCAAAUGUGAAGGAGAUGAGGUGGAAGAUCUUUAUGAACUUUUGAAGCUUGUUAAGGGCAUCACUAGAGUGACCUUGCUUGCUGAAUGUGAUGUUCUGAAUCUCCAAGAUUUUCGCAUGCAUUUGGAAGUGGGCAGCCAAGCGAUUGUUUACAGGACUCCAAAUGAACUGUGCACUCACAGCAAGUUUGAUAAACACACAUUUCCUCCUUUUAUCAGGGAGAUUGCAGAAUGUGAAGUAUGGGUUUCCAGUUUUACUCAUUCCCCUCAACUCUUUUCCUGUUUAAAAACUUAGACAUACUAAUUGGAUGCUGAUCUGUCCCUGUUUUUUAUUCUGCUUACUGGUAGUUGACGGCUUAUUCCAAUGCUUACCUAGGCAAGGCUUGGCAAACCUUCAAAAAUAAACUUUCCAUGUAUUCAGCCUAAAGGAGAUUCAUCCCAAGGAAUGUAAUGUGAGCACUAAUUAACAGUAAUGACUGCUAAUCACUUUGCUUUUUAUACUCCUUCAGGAGCACUGUUAUUAUCCAAUGUACUGAAGUAAAAUGCUCAUAUAUGAAUCAGCAACGCUGCAUUCCUUUUAGCAGCUAUUGCUCACAAUCAAGCUUUGCAUAAAUUAGAGUUAACUAAAAUGAAUUUUCGUAUACUACAUUCCUUUCUACAGUAAUAAACUAAAAUAUCGAGUUAAAUAUCCUGAAUAUUAAGACAUUACCUGAUUCUCCCCCUCCCCCCCACCCCCGUCAUUCUUGUGGUAAGUGGAAACCUAUGUUCCAAGUACAUUUUCUCACAGUUCAUACGACUUUCUCUUAGAUUUCCUCAAAAUUGCAUGUGACAUACUCUUCAUAGUCACAGCAGUACUUUGAUUCGGUUGUAAACAUUUUAUAAGAUCAAUGAAAAGUGAUAGCCUUGUGUUUAAUUUUUCUGAAUUUGUGCCUUUUUGUCCUAGCAGAGCUUACAGGUUCUUUAAAUUAUAUAGUCCAUUUAUAUAAACUUGGUUCAUAGGAUUGUGCAUUCAGUGUUCAUUAAAAAGACUUGUUUUAUUAUGUUUAGUGUAUUAUUAGACCAUUAUAAAAGCUUUCUGUUUAUUUACAUGCAUUCAACAUACCUACAAACUGCCUUGCCUCAGGAGGAGACUAAGCAAAACUCAUAAAUUAAUAAUUUAAGGGGAGCAAUACUCAAGUAGCAUUUUGGUUAAGUUAUUAAGUUAAAGCCAUAGACUUUGUGAUAGUCACUUUAACAAUGCUUUACUUUUGACUUUUAUUGGUUGAAAAUAACUUGUUAAACGGCUGCUUUAGUAAUAAAAUGAAAUCUACAUACCAUCCCCUUCCCUUCUUUGAUUUAUAAGUAGGUUGACAUAUUAUUGAAGAAUUCUUAACACUUUCACAGUUCUGCACUUUGAUUUCAGAGAAGGCGCUAAUCUCUCUGGAAGUUUGAAAGUGGCAAAUGAGUUGUAUACCAUUUUUUUUUCUAGGGAAUUUGGAGUUCUUAUUAGAGACCUUAGUCUUACGAUAGUAUCUGAAUUAAAUUCUCUAACAUGGUGUGGUGUCAUGAUUUGAUGUGUUAAUGGA